AUGGCUACCCCCAGUGUUCUCGCUUUUGACGCUGAGGGUCGAGCCAUUGACUUUGAGGUCUGGGUCGACGACCUGCAGCUGUUCUUACAGUGCGAUAGGGCGGACGGUCUUUCUCUCUUUGACCUCACCUCUGGCGCCUCUCCUGCCCCUGCUGCUGAUGCUGACCCCACUGUUCGCUCUUA